GCGCGCGGCGCGGCGGCGGAGCGAGGCGGCGAGUGGGGCCGGGAGCGGGGGGGCGGCGGCGGCCGGCCUGGAGGCGCUGCUGGGGCUGGCGGACCGGCCCUGGUGCGCUCCCGUCUGCGGGGCCUCCUUGCCGGCGGCGGGUGCGCGGCGCCGGCCCGGCCGAGAGGCGUCGUCGGCGCAGCGGGGCCGGGCGGAGCGGCGCGGCGCGGAGAGGCUGCUGCUGAGGGGCAGCCGCCGCCUCGUCGCCUCAGCGCCGCUGUCUAGGCCCGGCCCGCGCCGCCGCCUUCCCUCCGCCUCUUCCCUCGCCGCCGCCGGGCCUGCGGGAUGUUCAUUUUAAAGAUUCUGUGAACAUGAAAAGGGAUAUCUUAUGGUUUUACGGAAUAUAAAGCAAUAUUGUCUGACAUGACGGCAAAAAAUGUUGGUGUGACUUCCACAAAUGGAGACUUGAAAGGAUUUAUAGAUCAGAACCAGAGUCCAACAAAAGGUAAUAUUUCAAUAAUCACGUUACCAGUUUCCAGCACCAACUCCCCAACUAAGAUUUUGCCAAAAACGUUAGGACCAAUCAAUGUGAAUGUUGGACCCCAAAUGAUCAUAAGCACAUCACAAAGACUGACCAAUUCAGGGAGUGUUCUGAUUGGGAGUCCAUAUAACCCAGCUCCAACAAUGGUCACACAGACACACAUAACAGAAGCUUCUGGCUGGGUACCAGGGGACAGAAAGCGGACUCGAGAAUUUAUAGAAUCAGAUUUUUCAGAAAGUAAGAGAAGCAAAAAAGGAGAUAAAAAUGGGAAGGGUCUGAGGCAUUUUUCAAUGAAAGUAUGUGAAAAAGUUCAACGUAAAGGAACAACUUCAUACAAUGAAGUCGCUGAUGAGCUGGUAUCAGAAUUCACAAAUUCUAACAGCCACCUAGCUACAGAUUCGCAGGCUUAUGAUCAGAAAAAUAUUAGACGGAGAGUUUACGAUGCCCUUAAUGUCCUGAUGGCAAUGAACAUAAUUUCAAAAGAGAAGAAGGAAAUCAGAUGGAUCGGCCUUCCUACAAACUCAGCUCAGGAAUGUCAGAAUCUAGAGAUAGAAAAACAGAAGCGGAUUGAAAGGAUAAAACAGAAGCGAGCGCAACUACAGGAACUGCUGCUGCAGCAAAUAGCAUUCAAAAACUUGGUACAAAGAAAUCAGCAAAAUGAACAACGAAAUCAAGGCCCUCCAGCUUUGAACUCAACAAUACAGCUGCCUUUCUUAAUAGUCAACACAAGCAAAAGAACAGUUAUAGACUGCAGCAUAUCAAGUGAUAAAUUUGAAUACCUCUUCAAUUUUGAUAACACUUUUGAGAUUCAUGAUGACAGUGAGGUGCUGAAGAGAAUGGGAAUGUCCUUUGGGCUUGAGGCAGGCAAAUGCUCAGAUGAGGACCUAAGAACGGCAAAAUCACUGGUGCCAAAAGCUUUAGAAGGCUACAUCACAGAUAUGUCUGCAGGAUUUUCAUGGAUAAAUCAAGGGUUACUUUCAAGUUCAGCACAAGCAGUUUCACAUUUAGAGGUAGCAGGAGGCACUUCUGGUGCUAAAUCAAGUGAGAAUCCAGGGUUGUGUUUGGAUGCUGAAGUGGCCUUAGCAACUGGGCAGUUUCUUGCCCCUAGCAGUCAGCAGUCCAGCAGCGCAACGUCACGCUACUCUGAAUCACGAGGAGAAACUCCAUGCUCAUUCAAUGAUGAAGAUGAAGAGGAUGAAGAUGAGGAUUCUUCCUCCCCAGAAUAAGGACAGUAGAAAACAGAAUAUACAAAAUGCUGCUCAUAAAUAUUCUUAAUGGGAGCUCCUGUUUGGAUUUUACUUAAGUUUCUUGCCUUGGUUUGCACUGUGUUCGGUGAAGCAAAAUGUAUGCUUCAAAACAAAUUCAUCCACAGCUGAAAUUCAAAACUUUUUGUAACUGAACACAGAGUGACAUGCAGACACAGAGCAAAGUGGUUUUUAUCAACUAUAACCAAGGAAAAGAACAAAGUCCCUGGAGAUUUGGCAAAGUAAACAUCUUCCAUUUUGGGACAUUCUGCCUCAAGUCUCUGUCUUCCCCUUAUCUUUACCAGAUGGAGAAGAAAACAGUCAGUCAACAAAUGCCAAUUCUUGCAUUGGCUUUUGGCUGUGCUACCUUUAGAAAAAAGGGGGAGAGAGCGCACGUGCGAAUGCCCUAAAAUAGCUAUUUAAAACUAUCUUAUAUGGAAAUUGUUCUAGGGAAAAGGGGCUGUUAGAAUGUUUGCUUUUUUCUGUUCGACUUGCUGUAUAGAAGAUUCUUAAAGUAAUAUAAAUUGCAAGUGAUUAAGUGAAUCUUAAAAUAGUUUAAACCCAUUUUAGAUACUCUAAAAGUAACAAUAGUAUGUCUCUUUUGAAAGGUUCAUAUGUUCAUUUAUACUGCAGACCUAAUUUAUUAUAAAUAAGUGAUUAUUCUUAGCCAUUAUUAAACAGUCAGGAUGAAAACAGCAGUAUUCUCUGCACCAGCUUUUUUCAAGGCAAAAAAGUUUUAAAAUUGUAUUUCUAGAUUAGAGUGUAUCCAGUGUAGCUUCUCCUUUACUGUUCUAACUUUAUAAUCCCUUUGAUUUUAUAGCAUGUGUUGGGGUUUUUUUAAAAAAAAAAAAAAAACGCCUCUAAGUUAAGGAUCUCAGGCAGCAUGUUUUCAAGGCAGUAUUUUCAAAUUCAGGGUGGGCAGGUCACAUAACUUCUAAAGUCAUAGGUUGAGGUUCUUCGGAAAAAAAUUAAAUUUCAACAAUACAUCAUUUCAUGUUUUGCAUUCUGGUCAGUUUGGAUUAUGAUUGAGUAACUUUCUUAAAAUGAACUUCUGUUGCACUCACCUUGAUGCGCCUUUGAAAAAUAGUGGUAUUGAACCACUUCUUAAAAUAAUUUGUGGUUAAAAUUACAAAACAUGAAUCCCAUUUGAACUGUUAAAUUAGAAUUGCAACAGGAGGCUCCAUGUUCUACAGUUAACAUCACCUCCAAUCAUAAAGACCUUUUUAAAAAAACAAAACUUGAAUAACAGAGCAAAAUACACCGUAGAUGUACUCUUCCCGUGGUGUUCUAACGUCCAGUACUUUAACUAGUCUCAAAGUUAACAAGUAGGCAAAUCCAGUUUAAAAUGGUGUUACUUCUUUUUGUAAAUAGUUGACCUGUUUCUAAAUACCAGUGUAUUAGCUGUCAGAGCUCAAGGAGGUUGGCUCUGUUAUUUAGUUACGAGAUUAGGCAGCUUGUAAUACUGGUACUUCCUUGAGCAGCGGCAGCAAACUGUAGCCCUUGGCUGCUGUGACCACUACUGCAGCUCUACUGGGGUACCUCCACAUGAUCUUUUACAGACAAACCUGCACUCACGCCAACAAGAUCCAAAAGCACUGAGCCUGAGCUAGUGAGGUAAACUGAGGCUCCAGCUAAAAAGCCACCUGUCUCUUGUACAGGAGUUACCGCACGACUAACUACAUACAAGACAGCUAAAACUGCGAGGAGUGAACAAGCACACCUGCAUGUUUACGUUAAAAAUUUGGAAACUUUUCAUAGAUAGUUGGAACUCCUGCAUUUGAGGUACAGGUAUUAUUUAGGUACGGCUCUUGACUGAGCAAGCAGAGCUAUCUAGCUUACACAAAUGAGUUGCAAAUGCACAAAUUAAAAGAAUUCUUACAUGCCUACCACAUCAUUCACCUUCUGGGCAAGACUGUUAAGACUGUCCUGUGCUCAUGGCUCACAGGCAAAAGCAGACUGAGGGAUUUACACCACCUCACUUCAACCAAAUCCGUAACACUACCUCUCUGUGAAGAAAAGCUUUACAAAUAUGAAAUAAUAUUCUUUCUGAGAGAGUCAAGGCACUUGAUUGAAGUGGCUCGCUUUUGAAAUAAGAGGAGGAGAAGGUAACAGAUGGAAUUGUCAGCUUCAUGAAUGACACUUCAUUUAAACAGAUAAUUGCUUUUACUCUUAAAAACCCAUCGUUUUUUCAAAAACUGUCAUGUCAGCUUUCAUUGGAGAGGGCAGAUCAAAGACACCUGAUAUAUGCAGGAUCCUAAGGAACUCCUUUAAGAGGGGAACAUUUUCUACAGUUAUUAUGCCCCGGCCCCCACCACAUUAGGGGCAGAUUUAACUUCACACUUUCUUCGUAUUUCCCACUCAAGAUCUGUGUAAAAAGAAAAAAACAGAAAAACACUCAACAAUUGCUAAAGAGGAGCACUUUGAACUAUAAGAACCUGGCAAAAAAUGGCUUCCUGCCCAGAAAUGGAAUGUAUUUUAUUAGCAGUCAGUGUGCUUUCUGCUUUACAGGAGGAAGAUCUUCAGUGAUAUCUUCCUUCCAUUGAUGUCCACGUCCUUCAAAGCAGCAGACUGCACAACUACUUGCUUUCUGGCAAACUUCAAGCUAUCAACUUUUAAAAAAAAUAAAAUAGUAAUAAUCUAGGAGCACAUAACAUUUAUUUAGACAGUUGAACCAAGACUUUAAAAGUUACUUCUCCUGUAUUAGUUGAAUACAAAGGCCAAAACAAGUUAGAACAUUUAGAAGAGACUUCAAAAGGAAAUUCUUUCCUUGGGAUCCUUUGUGCCAAGUUCCAGUUGAGGAUGAAGUUCAACUAAAGUACUGUGGUCCUGUGGUUACACUAAAGUCUGGGAACUAGGAGAAUUUUGAGCCUUAUCCAGCCAUAGUAACUCAUGUAUGAUUUCAGGCAGCCUUCCUAUUAUUCUUGUUGAUCUUAGCUGACAUGUUUUAAAAAAAAAAACAAAAAACAAAAAACAAAAAUCAGAACCAAAAAAAAAACAAAACCAAAACAAAACAGGUAAAUGCAGGAGCUCACAAAAUGCAGCUGUUGCACCUGAAUUGAGCUCUGAGCAAUUAUGAAUAACAAGAGGAUUGAGAAUAUUAAGCAACCACACAGCUCCCACUAAGCUAAUGGCAGUAAUUGUGCUCAGUUGCUUCAAAAUGCAGACCUUCCCUCUCUCUGAAAGCCAGCAGCAGAUACUUUCCAGGCUAAAACUGUCAUUAGCAAGACUUGUUUUCUCAUUUUCUAUUCAGUUACCAUCAUCCUCUCCUGUCUCACGCAAUACCCUUGACGUUCAUUGGUAUGAAACAAGUAGCAACUGGUACUAGAUCAUAGCUUCUAGAAGACAAAGUUAACAUUUAAAUUUUCAUGUGUGACACAUUUCUGUGUCUUGGAACUCUUUCUUGGUUACACAUUCAGAAGGCACUUGGCUGCAAGCAAUAUAAUGCCAUCUGUAAAUGCUUUUAUAUAUAUUGCAGAAAACAGCUUUAUUUCUGGACUUACUUUACAGUGCUUGAAAAAAAAUCUAAUUUGACUAAGAAAAACCACAAACUAGAUGAAAAAGCAUGAGUGGGAGACAGCAUUUUUCUAUUAUGUGGAAAUUUGACAUUUUGGUUUUUAAAAUUGCAUUAAAGUGCGCCAGUCUUCUCAUUUCAUCACUGGAAUUAAUGGCAGCAAUCCACCUAAUCUAAGAAAGUGUGUAUAUUUAAGUAAACGCUAAAGCAAAUUAUACCAGUUUAACCGAAGGUAUGAUUUUAGCAAACUUCUAUUAAACAUAUUACAAGCCACACUGUAGCUAUUUCCAUUUUGGUUAAGGGUUUUGUUUAGUUUUUUAAACUAUAGCUUGCAAAUACUCCUAAUCCUUUUGAGAUGCUGGAAAUUGCUGAGUACACAGAAUACCCACAGAAGAACUUUGUGCUUAUCAACUAAGUCAGCCUGAAGUAACAUAAUGUAAAAAGGCCUAAUAACCAAAUUUUAAUCCUUUUUUUUUUCCUUCCCCAAAAGAAAAACAAAACCCUCAAGUUCACACAUAAAAUGAUGCUUGAAUUUAGAAUUCCACAGUUAAGGUUUCAAAUGUCGAGUGCUCGCUCUUCUGACCAUAUCCACCAUUUUAAUUCAAGAGCAUGGCUGAAACUUAAAUCACAUUUGAACAUGGGGCAAUACUGUUUUUUAUAAUUAACUGUCUCUUUUCAGCUGAAUAUAAUCCAGGCAGUUUAUUGAGAAGACCUUCCUUUUAAUGAGUUAGAGGCAUGUGGGUUUUGGAUUAAUUUUAAAACAAAGCUAGUAACCACAGGGUAUAGUAGAUAGUAAACAAACCAAAGCAAGUUAUCUUCUGACUGACCCACCUAAUUUAUAUCUUUCCAUUACAAGACUCUCUCAUGAACACAAGUAUUUUAAAUAACCAGAUAUAAUGGAAGCUGGGAAAAGGCUAUAUGAGGGUUUUAGAUUUUUUUAUUUUAAAACUUCUAGUAAUAGUCAUACUUGGAGGUGAUACCCUUCUGCUUACUACAAGCUUAAUUAAUUUUAAAGAAAGAAAUGCUGCAGUUGAGUUAGUCCAAGGCCUGGUAUGUUCUGUGUCUGAAGGCAUCUCAGCCUUCAGCACUUGGAAACAUGCCUAGUGCAGCAUUACUGAUGAACAGGGAAGAGGCUAAGGACCAUUGGCCUGCUGAUUGAGUUUUUGUAUUUUAAAAUAUGUCACUUUUUGAAUUCUGACCUAUGUCUAGAAAUAAUAUGCCAAUAAAUCAUUCGUAAUUUCUGAUUAUCACACACCCGCCCUUGCAAGCAUGUUAACAGCUCUAAUACUUAAUUAUCUGCUGGCAGGUGUUCACAUAACCAAAUCCUGAUAGCAUGAGACUUCCCAAAACUCUCAUUCCUUUGGGAACUUAAUAAAUUCCCAAAUCAGAUUAUCGCUUUCCUAUUUAGCUGUUAGAAUUUAGUCUGGUGAGUGUUUUUAAGAGGCUGUGAGCAACUGUUCUCCCCUGGACCCAGCUAUAUUGCCAAAAAAAUCCCCACAACCAACAUUACUCCCAGUUGUUCAUUCCCUUUCAAGUCACUGUAGAACUGUUCAUAAAAGUACUUCCUAACUCAUUCAACCCAAUUACCAUGUAGUUGCCAUCCAUGGAUACCUAACCCAGCUGGCCCUGACUGGUAAGGGACUGCUCAUAAAAGCAAUCUGACAGUUACAAUUAAAGAGGCUGUUUAUUGCAGCUGUUUAGACAGUGCAUAUUCAUUCCAUAUCUUUAAUACUCCUACCUUGUCUGGCCUACCCCAAAGAUCAGCCAAAACCAAAAUGUUUUCUUCCUGCUUAGGUCUUUUUGACAGUACCCAAGAUUCCAACAUUUAGGAUACCCGCUGAGCUGCAGGACACCAAAAAUCAUUGCUCAAAAUUUUGCAGAAGAAACAUCUAACUAGCCAAAUCCCAGGAGAAAGCCUCCUGCUUAGGAACAAUAUAGAGUAAAUGAAUAACUUAAUUUUUCCUUUCUUCAAUAAGAAAAGCAGGCUGACUUGGCUCAGAUCGGUAUCUGUAGAGGACCAUAACAAUUCCAAGCAGAUCCAAGAACCUCCCAGUAGCCCAGACUUGCAUCUCUUCUUAGUAUUGGCUAGAAUACAUAGCAACCAUUUAAUCUUCUGACUUCUCUAAAUGCCAUUCUUAAAUACUUAAUGCUCUCCAGGUGUAAGCAUUUAGAUAAAUUAACACCAUGAGAUAGCAGGAUAAAGCUAUGUAAAAUUUAAAUCCAGUUGUAGGUGUAAAUCAAACUCACCUAUGCAGUACAUAUAGGAAACUUUUUUCAAGAGACAAUGAGUCUUUAACAGGGAAUUUUUUUAGCUUAUUCUCAUUAUCCAGGCUGAGUGAAACAGAGACAUUAAUACCAAGCACUAUCUUGUUCUUGUGCCUUCCAUGAAGCAGCAAUGGCACACCCAUAAGACCAAGACAGUCAAAGAGGAAAAAACCACCACAUAUCCAUAUCCCUUCCCAUUGACAUUUUUAGGUAACAUACCAUUAUUCUGAACAGCCACGAAAGUUAAAACAUUGACCAGAAAAGGUUAAGUCCACAAAAUCAGUCUCCAUUUUUUUUUGGUGGGUUUGUUAAAUCUUAAUCUAACUUGAAUAAUUAGUAGAUUUUGUUGUGCUAAUGCAGGGAUUAAGUGGAUCUUCCAAAAUUUCCUUAGGAAAAUACCAGCUGAAUCACAACCCAUCACACAAGAAGUUUCUGGCACAUUCCCUUGUCUCUAAAGCCAGGCUAUAUAUAUGAAAAAUACUUCAGAAAAGUAUAUGCAAAUGUUAUGACACUGUAUCUCGCAAGCACCUACUGUGAAAAAAUUAAUCCUACUUUGAACAAACCUGUAAGAAUGAUGAUGUGAGUUCAUCCUCCUUUUUCAGGUCCUGACUGUAAGUCAUGCCCUGGGACCAAGGCACCAACCUUUGUAUUUACAUACCCUACAUGGCGUCGGGAGUAACCAGCCAGCAAGUAUAGGCACAGUUCUUAUAACAGUACAUGUCUGUUGGCAGUUCUUAGAUGAUCUGGCAAUAGAUCAGUCCCUGGGCAAUGAGUUAAUGCUGACGCAUGCAUCAACCAAUGCUACAGAGCCGCUGCAACAUGCAGUAGAGGAUAAAAAAGGCAGGUCCAUCCGGCCCCCAUUACAGUAGCACUUUUUAACAUCUACAUGGAAGUAAGUUGUAGAGACACUUCUUUGUCAUGUUUAAAAUGCAGAAACCCCUUGAAAAUCCAUUAACUUUUAAAUGAAAUAAGAUAUUUCCUCUUUUUUUUUCUUUUUUUUUUUUUCAAAGAACAAGGCCAGUCAUGGACAAAGCUAUUUUAUGACCUUUUUCAAUGCUGAACUCAAAGGAGGGUUUGCAAACAUGGUGGGUGGGAAGAAAAGACGCAUUGACAAAUCCAAUUUAUGAGGAUGCUAACUAUAUGGGAUUUGAAGUUUUAAUUAAUUUUUUUAUUCCGCUCAUCUUACUCUCCCCCUCCACCAACAUAUGUAUUGGCAUAAAGUGUCACACCAACACUUUGACAGAAAUUUUUCUCCCUUUUCUUGUGCUAAACUCCUUGUGUCUUUGGGGAAGUCCAAGUCGCCCAUUCAUCUUUUAAACAAUUUGCUGUGUAUUUUUGAAUUCUCCAUAGAUUUCUUUCUUUCCAAAUACCUUUAAAUUAUAAAGUUUUGUUUUUGCAGAAAGACUGCUAUUAAGCUAUGCUGAUUUUUUGUCCUGAUCAAAUAGUGUUAAUUUCUACUACCACAUUGUACAUUGCUAGGAGUAGUGUAAAAUAGAAUGUGGUAGUAUCAUAUGUGCUUUAAACACUGACAAAGAUAUAAAGAAAAAUGCAUAUACAAAGUUUUACUUUCCUAAUAGGAACACUGGCACUAGCAAAUAGUAUAUUUGAACCAAUAGGAAAUAUUACUUUGUAGUAGCAAACACUUUGUAAAUAAAAACUUGUUAUUUUUUUAAUGGAAAUUUUAUAGAAGAAGCUAUUUCUGUAUACUCAAUGAUCCCAUGUUUACUGAAAAUGCUGCAAGUGGGAAUUGUACAUUGCAAAAUGGGGGUGGGGAGCAGACAAGUCUGACUGAAGUGAAAACUGUACGCUUUGGAGAAAAACAUCCAGUUGUCUGUGAACAGAAACAUAAAGCUUAACUGUAGAAGACCUGAAUAAAAGAAUUUCAAGGCAAUGGGACUGAGCUUGUUUUUCAGAAAAACAUUGUGGAAAAAA